GCCACCGUCGGAGUGCCGCGAGCAGCUGACCCCCGCCGCUCCGCCGCCGCUCCUGCAGCGUCGCAGUCACUCCCGCUCGCCCCGACUCGACGGUCGCCGUCCAUGGCGGACUUGUGAACCGAGAAUCCGCGGCCGAAACCCGCUGCUCGAACGGACUCUCGGAGGCGCCGAAGGAGGUCUUGUGGCCGGGCCGCCAGCCGGCUCCUGCGCCUCCUCCGCUUCCUCCUCCCGGAUCCCGCAUGUCCCCGGAGGCCCUCCGGUGAGGCCGGGGAGGAAAAUUCUGAAAUCGGAGGGGAAAAGAGGGACUGAUCUCGUGGUGUCUCCCGCUCGAGCUCAUAAGCAGCUCUCGGAGUUUACAGUGCUACAGUGGUGGGGAGGAUAGAAGAGAGGGAAAGACGAGGAAGGAGAAGAAGAAGGAAGAGAAAGGGAAGACAGUAAAAGGAGACCAGAAAAAAAAGGACGAAGAAGAAGCAGAGGGACGGGAAAAGGAGAGGAGCAGAAAACCCAGCGGGCAACGGCGUCCCGGUUUCUCUAGCGCGUGUGAGGCUCCGGCGAAGGGGAGAGACAUCCACGCUGCCGAGAAAGAACAGAACGGAAACACAGUGUCGAAAAAAAUCUCAUUUUCCCGCAACAAAGAUAAAAAGCAACGAACAGGGAAGACCGUGAGAAUAUUCGGGAACAGAAUAACACGGAGAGAAUCCAAAACCCUCUUCCCUUGCAACGGCAGCAGCAACCGUGCAACAUGAUGGCACUCUCCGUCAGAACACCCGAGAGCAGCGGUGCCCGACGAUCGGUGGGCGGAGCUAAGCUGAAUAAAGCCACUCCCACCUCCGCCACGACGACGCACACACGCCCAUCGGCUCAGCACAAGCCCCGCCCACACCUGAGGGGGGAACGCCCAUCCAUGACCCUCGUGUUGACCUAUGUGGUUGGGCUGACCCUCAUGGCACUCUCGGCGGCACUUGGAGUGGAUGCCACAGACGGAGGGCUAGUUGACAACUCGGCCCCGCGAUUCCUGGAACCGAUUCCCAACAAGACGGUUGUGGUCGGCAGGGACGUCAUUCUUCCUUGCUCCGUCGACAACCUCAAAGGGUACAAGGUGGCCUGGGUAUUCGUCGAGACGCAGACCAUCCUGACCAUCCACCACACCAUCAUUACCAAAAACCCGCGCUUCUCCCUGGCUCGCAACGACCACAAGCACUGGUACCUCAAGAUCUCGGACGUGAGAUCAAGCGAUCGCGGUCAGUACAUGUGCCAAGUGAACUCUGACCCCAUGAUCAACCAGGUCGGGUAUCUCGACGUGCAAGUCCCCCCUGACAUAAUCGACGAGGAAAGCAGCUCUGAAGUCACGGUGAAGGAAGGCCAUGACGUCACCUUGGUCUGCCGUGCGAGGGGGUCUCCCAAGCCGGUCAUUUCUUGGAAGAGAGAAGACGGAGGGAGGAUCGAUCUCAACAACGGCAUCAACUUGAGAGUCACCAACUCCGAGGUGCUGCACAUCCCCUCGGUGUCUCGCCUGCACAUGGGCGCCUACCUCUGCAUCGCCUCCAAUGAAGUUCCUCCGUCGGUGUCCAAGAGGAUUAUGCUGAACGUCCAGUUCCAGCCUGUAUUGUGGAUUCCCAAUCAGCUCGUUGGAGUGGCACUUGGCAUGUCCGUGACCCUCGAGUGCCACACAGAAGCCUUCCCUCGCUCGAUCAACUAUUGGACAGAUGACAAGGGGAAGAUGAUCCUAUCUAGUGGAAGAUUCGAUACAGUGGUUACGGAGAACAGUUACAGGGCAUACAUGCGACUCAAGAUUAAGAACGUGCAGCCUGAAGAUUACAUGUCCUAUGGCUGUUACGCGAAGAAUUCCUUGGGGGAGACCAACGGCAGUAUCAAAGUCUAUGAGAUCCCCCGAGAGCUGAUGGUGAACCCGCCAGAACCUGAACCGACUCAGCCCGACGAGGAUCACGUCAAGUUGGAGCGUGAGAACCAGACGAAGAACCUAAGGCCGAAAGAGGACCAAGAGAGAGGUGGAGAGAGGAGGGGGGGGCGACAGCACUACGACGACGACGACGUGGUAUCCACCAUGACCGCCGACGGAUAUAUUGAGUUCGAUGUUCAGAAGCUUCUUGGGAAGAGCAAUAGGAGCAAUAGGAAAGACCCCGAGGACCAGACCCGGCCCGACCGCCGCGGCGAAGGGCACCGCUCGGGCAUCUCCGAAAACCACUCCCUCCACAACACCCCGCCCACGUCCUCCGCCCCGCCCCGCCCACGUCCUGGACACGCCCUCAACGCCGGCCUCGUCAGCGGUCUCCUCGCCGCGUGGCUGCUUCACGCCCUCGCCGCCGCCCGUCAGCGUGUGUGACGGACGUGAGGGUGAAGGAAUGCGAAGGAAAGAGGGAUGAAGAAGAUGUGGAGAUAAAGACAGAGAGAGAAUAGAGAGAAAAAAGAUGGAGAAUCAGGUGGAAAAAAAAGAGAGGCAGAUAUGUGAUGGAUGGAAAUAUGUAGAGUGAGAGAGAGAGAGAUACACAGAGAUACACAAAGACAGGACAUUAGAAAAGAGAGAGAGAAAAAAAAAUGUGAUAUGUGAUAGUCGUGUUGACGUAACCCCACCGGCGGGUCGACCACAAACCGAAGCUGGGAGACAAUUCCGCAUUUUCUGAACAGAUUCUGUUACUGCGUGCUGCUGUGUUGCUACCAUUAUUACUACUACUUACCUUUCUAUCAUCAUAUGUUAGUGUUGUUGCUGCCACGUGCUAAAAGAUAAUGAUAAAUAAAAAGUAUAUAUAUAUGAUAAAUUAAAAUAUUUACUGCUCUGAACACGUGCUGGUGUUGUUGUUGCCAUGUACUGAAACCUCUGGCCCAAGUGUUAGCAUGUGAAGCCCCUCGUGUUUUGAUAGGCCUACUUUUCCUGUCACGUGCUGUUAACGUCGCCCCGCCCUCUGGCGAGUGCUUAGCGCAAGCACCUCGCUAGAGACUGUUGCCGCCCCGUGCUUGUGCAACAGAGCAGUAGGCUUGCAACAAGGACGGCCGUUAACAGCACAGCGAAAGCCCGCGUGUGACGAUGAUGCAGAUGCUGUUACGUCGCUCGCGUGUGUGACGAGGAUGCAGAUGUUACGUCGCUCGUCUCGUCGUAACGCCAACCCUCCUCCUUCCUGGUCCGAAGUCGCACACACACACCCAGCUGUAUCAUUCGCCUUCACGUAUUGCCUUCCCUUACACGUAAAUCAUUCCCUCGUGUCUUCCUCUAUACCUCCUCUUGGUUCGUCUGCCGCAAGCAGGCAAGCAGACGACAGGCAGUGUAUGCCUUCCUUUGGCAUCGGGAGUCUCUGGAUUCCCAGCUGAGAAAAAAAAAGUAUAUAUCAAACCAGCGAAAGAAGAUGAAAAAAAAAAUCAUAUUUCGUGUCCACUUCUGUAUAGUUGUAUAUACAUAUAUAUAUAUAUCUAUAUCCAUAGCAUCUGUAGCAGUUCAUUCUCCCUGUUUUUUUUUUUCUUUUUAUUUAACGUCGUCGGCGUUACAGAUAUCGAGACCACAGCAAGAAGAGAAAGAGGGAAAAGGUCCAGCAACAUAGAUCUUGAAGGGCCUCUUCCUGCUUCCUCCUGAGACCGUAACUGUAAACUUUUUUCUUUCUUUCUUUCUUUUCUUUUCUUUC